AUGUACGGAGUCGCGGAGCUUGCGAAGCACGAGACCGCUGUCGUCGUACCCAGCGAGAAGGAAGCUUUCGAAGACUCUCCCGCCGAUGUCAGCCACGGGCAGAGUAUCGCCAUUCUCGAACAGAAUUACGAGGGAAAACCCACGGACGAGGAAUUUGCUACUCUGCGCCGUGUCCCUGGCAAGAUUCCAACAGUCGCUUACCUCCUCUGUGCUGUUGAGUUCUGCGAGAGAGCCUCUUACUAUGGCUGCGCCCAGAUUUGGACAAACUACAUCAACCGACCUCUGCCCAAGGGUGGCAAUGGUUAUGGUUCCCCUGCACAUGGAAGCCAGGCUACUCAAGGCGCCUUGGGCCUGGGCGAGCAAAUAGCCAAUGCUACUUCACAGUCUUUCAGCUUGUUGGCUUACUGCCUUCCCCUUGUUGUCGGUUAUCUCGCCGACACGAGAUUCGGUCGCUUCCCAAUGAUUUUCUGGGGUGUCAUCAUUUGUGGUGUCGGCCAUGUCCUUAUUGUCGCAGGUGGUGCCAAGACACUGAUCGACGAUGGAACUGCCAAGAUUCCCUUCUUUAUUGGCGUGUACAUCCUCGCUAUUGGAGCCGCCAUGUUUAAACCAAAUGUCACACCCCUCCUGCUGGACCAGAUGAAAUCGCAUGUACCAAAAGUCAAGACUCUCAAAUCUGGUGAACGAGUAAUCGAAGACCCUGAACAUAGCGCUGAGAGAGUCAUGUUGUGGUUCUAUCUCCUCAUCAACAUUGGCGGUUUCAUGUCCACAGCGACAUCGUACUCGGCAAGAUUCGUAGGCUGGUGGUUGGCUUUCUUGCUCCCUCUCAUCCUUUAUCUUCCCCUGCCUCUUCUCCUUAUCUGGCUCAAACCCCGUCUCGUUUUGCACAAGCCUGGCGGCUCUGAUCUACCAAAUGUUUUCCGAGUCAUCAGUCACUGUCUGGCGAAUGGCGGCGUAUUCAGAAUUGGUCGUAAGGGAUGGUGGGACAACGCCAAACCGUCUGUUAGAGCUGAGAAGGGAUUGUCCGCCGAAACCCACUACAGCGAUCAGUUCGUCGCCGACGUACAGCGAACUAUGCAGGCAACGGGAAUGUUCUGCUUUUUCCCUGUUCAGUUCUGGAAUGACAACGGUAUCGGAAGCGCAGCAAACUUUUUGGGCACUAUGCUCACAGGCAACGGUGUCCCUAACGAUGUCAUUGGCAACUUCAACUCCCUUAGCAUUAUUGUACUAGGGCCAAUCCUCAAUUACGGACUGUACCCCUUCUUGCGCAAGUCUAAAAUUCAUUACGGCCCUGUUGCUCGUAUCACGACUGGCUUCUUCCUUAGUACACUUGCCGGCAUUGGCUAUACUGUGCUAACUUACAAAGCCUACCAAACCUCGCCCUGCGGUUGGUAUGGCUCUUCCGACCCGAGGUGUGUGGAUAAUGGAUUGGUCUCGCCCAUCUCUCUGUGGUGGGAGGCUAUCCCAUACGCUCUCGGUGGAUUUUCCGAGCUGUUCAUCAACGUUCCGGCCUACGGUAUCGCUUAUUCUCGUGCUCCAGCCAACAUGAGAGGCUUGGUGUCAGCCAUCAACCUCUUCAACACUGGCUUUGCAUACAUCAUCAACCUGGCUACCACAGCUGCGAUUGUUGAUCCUUACCUUGUCUGGGAUUUUGGUGGCCCUGCUAUCGUAGGCGCAGUUGUUACAGUUGGCUUUUGGUUUAUCUUUCGCCAUAUUGACAAGGAAGAAUUCGUACUUUCAACGACAAAGACUAGCGAAGCUGAAGAAUCUGAGACUGACAAGCAAACUGCGUAA